GACCCAUACAUAUCGGUAAUGCUUGUGAGUCUAAAAUGUGGUGGUGUUGGACUCAAUCUUAGCAUUGCUUGCCGGGUGAUUAUUUGUGAUUUAUGGUGGAACCCAGCUGUGGAAGAUCAAGCCAUUGAUCGUGUGCAUCGUAUUGGACAGCGUGUUGAUGUACGUGUAUCUUACCUGGUUGCCAAAGACACAAUUGAAGAGCGGAUUUUAAUCAUGCAAGAAAGCAAGCGGCAAAUUGCCGCAGGCGCAUUAGGUGAAGGAGAGUUUAAACUGGGUCGACUGAGUGUAGAGGAUUUGCUUUUUUUAUUCAAG